GACCACACCGACGAAGCCCGAAGUUUGGUGUCGGGAUCCGGUCAUACCACCUGUUUCGCGGUGCAUUCGACAACUGUCUGCUGUCCUGUACUGUGUUGGUCGCAAUAGGUACCUCCCUCGGCAGUAGCCUCGAUCUCGACGAGCAUGAGCGCAAACAAGCUGAACACCGAGGGCAUCAUGCUCUUCGAACAGCCAUUCGCGAGAGUACCGUAUGAGAACUACCGCAAAGUUUUCCGCACUUCUCAGAAGAAUAUUGAGAAAGAACUGGGUGCGGUACAGACGGCUGCAAGUGACAUUGCCAAGCGCGCAAAGCCGGAGAGUAGUGACGCAGAAGAUGCCAUCAAGGCUGUGGACGGCAUGAUCACACGAGUGGAGAACCUCAAGCGCAAGCUCGCAGACUUGCAGAGUUCUUCCGGCGCACCCACCCUGGGCGUCAUGCGUGAACGAUUCCAGCAUCUGAUGAGCGUAGAAACUAUGCAGACUACCAACGAUCCGGAAUUCCCGCGCUGGGCAGACACACGUCUGGACCGGUGGUUAGUCGAUUGGUCUUUGCGAAACGGGAAGGAGAAGACUGCUAAGAUGAUAGCGGAUGAUCGCGGAGUCGAGCGCCUGGUAGAUAUCGACCUUUUCUCUGACAUUCGGCGGAUAGAAGACGCUCUCAAACAGCGGAGUUGUGCCGAAGCCUUGGUGUGGUGUAGCGAGAACAAGAGUGCUCUCCGUAAAGUCAAGAAUACACUAGAAUUUGAUCUUCGACUCCAAGAAUACAUCGAGUUGGCGAGAGCCGGGAAGAACAUCGAAGCCAUUGCGUAUUCGAAGAGACAUCUGUUACCCUGGCAAGAAACCCAUCUACCUCAGAUUCGUCAGGCCUCUGCUCUCUUGUGCUUCCCAUCGACUACGACUUGUAGUCCUUACAAGCGGUUAUAUGAUCUAUCGCGCUGGCACAGCCUCAUUCAGUCCUUCCGACUGGCCUUCUACAAUCUCAGCACUCUCCCCAGCGAGCCGCUGCUUCAUCUUGCUAUGUACGCCGGUCUAGCGUCGCUCAAGCUCCCAGCAUGCUACGAUCCACAGACGAAGAACGUCGACUGUCCCGUAUGCGAUCCCAGCCUCGGGAAGCUCGCGGAAGAAGUGCCCUUCAGUCACCACGUGAACUCGACUAUUGUCUGUCGAUUGACGGGUAGGAUCAUGGAUGAGGAUAACAAGCCGAUGGCGUUCCCCAACAGCGGCCAGGUCUACUCGAGAGAGGCAUUAGAGGAUAUGGCCACCAGGAACGACGGUAUCGUGAAGGAUCCCCAGACAGGGGAGACCUGCGAAUUUUCGGCGCUACGCAGACUUUUCAUCUCGUAGAUUUUGCCAGUAUGUGUUUUUAUAUUUUUCCUCCCAUGAUAGGUGUGUGCUUUGAUAGGAUCAUGUACAGUACGGAUUGUGUACAAUAGUCUCAACUCUCAAACGUGACCAGCUAUUAACGUGUCC